AUGGCUGAAGCCGCAAAGGAGCAGAUUUUCCACGAGCCCGACGAAAAGGUUACGAUAUCCGGAGCGUUGGAUUUGGGUUCGUUGGAUGAGAUCGACGAACUGGAGUUUGAGGAAGAACUAAUGGACACCGACACCGACAGCGAGCCGGACAUCGACGGGCUCGAGGAGGACAUGCUUGGCGACCAUCCGGCCCGGAAAUCCGGCUGGCAGGUACGAAAUUGUCGGAUGCACUUUUGCGUCGGCUGUUCUCGCGUGCACUGCCGCGAAUGUACGAACCUAUAUCACAAGCCCCUCGGCCAUCUUACAUUUCUAGUGCUGCUCGACCAGAAAUACAUCAGCUACCUGAAGAAGGUUGUGGAUGAACGACUAGCCGCCGAGGCCGAGCGACCCGGCCCAUCUCGUGCCAUUGCCACAACGCGAGUGCUGCCCCCGGACGGCUCGCCAUCGUGGAUGUUCGACAAGUUUAGGCCUUGGAAA